AUGAAGUCCGUGGUUGUCUUUUGCGUUCUUCUGGCUGCCGUGAGUGUCACGGCGCAGAUAUCGAUGCGGGAACUGGCCGAGAUCACCGAGGAGUACCGAGUGCGCUUCGACGAGCUGCACGCUGACAAGGAUGCGUUCAUUCGCCUGGCGAGGGUGUUUAUCCGUGCCGAGCUGAAGGGAUUGAACGAGGCAACGUUGGCGAACUUGGCCGAUGCGCGGAACGAAAUCGAUGACAUUCUGACCGAUGCGCGCGCGGACAUCGCCGACGCCAUCCUGCUACCGAACGCCAACGAGCAGUGCCUGCUGAACCUGGUCGAGACGGUCAUUGCCGAGGGUAGCCGGGCGGGUGAUGACAUGAGCUCGUGCGCCGCCGACAAGAUCGCCAUCAAGGAAGGUCUCGGCGAUGAGUUCCGUACGCUUACCAACACGCUGCAGCGCAUUUCGACGGCCGCAGCGGAGUACACGCUCUACACGUUCGCCAUUCACGAUUCGUUCAACGAUCCGGAGGAUCACAUUGACUGGCUGGAGCGCAACUACGCCAACCAGGUGGCCUUCUGGGAUGAGGUGGCCCGCCCGGAGGCGCAGGAAGACCUGGAUAACAUGGAGAUAAACCGUCCCAUUCUGGUGGCCGAAAACCGUGCCUGCCUGGACGCUGCCAUCGCUCGGCUGAACACGGCCAUGCAGAACGUACGAAUUCAGAUCAACGGCUGCUAG